UAAAAAGCGCUGUUAUUUUGCAGAAUGUAAUUAUGUUUUAAACAAGUUUUUUCCGCCGAAUUAAUUAUUCGAAUUGCAGUAAAUAUGCCAGGGGAACCAAUAAAACGCCACCGGACGGACGUUUAAAAGGGAAUUUAGCCUGGCGCAACGUACAGGGCUCCUCUAUCGAAUAAAGUGACACAGUCAGUAAUGGAGAAAGUGGACGUGAUGUGAAAGGCUUCGAAGUUCCUUCGCCGCUUCCGUAGAUUUUUUUAGGCUGGCGCAGAAUCAUGGAAGAAGUGUUUCAGAACGGGAAUUAUCAGAGGGAGUCGAAUGCGAACAUGACUACUAUGGAGACGCAAAAAGAGGACGUAUUACUUGAUCACAUGGAAAUCUCAAUAGUUGAAACAGAAAAGCGAGCAAAUGGAGCAUUGAAUUUAAGAGAGUUUUAUACAGUCUACCUCAUUGAGACUAAAGUUACAGAUCCAGACUUUAAAGGUGCACUUACCAAAGUAAGUUCUCUAUGGCGCCGGUACACAGAAUUUGAACUGCUUCGAGCUUAUUUAGAAAUUUCUUAUCCAUAUAUUGUACUGCCUCCAUUACCAGAAAAAAAAGUUUUAUAUGCAUGGCAAAAAGUUACUACUGACACAUUUGACCCAGAUUUUGUUGACAGACGGAGAGUUGGUCUUGAGAAUUUUCUAUUGAGGGUGGCCUCACAUCCUAUACUAUCUCGUGAUGAGCAUUUUAUGGGAUUUUUGCAACAAAAGGAUGGUUGGAGAGAAAGCAUUAAAGAGACUGGUUAUUUGCAGUUGGUAGAAUCAAAAUUAAAGGCACUGAGUGUAGCAGUGCGUUUACGAAAACCAGAUAAGCGAUUUGAAACAAUAAAAAACUAUGGAAUUGAACUUCAGAAUAAUUUAUGUAACCUACUUCGAGUACGUGCGCGACUUGUAGAAAAACAACAUGGUUUGUACAAAUUACAUGCAAAUUAUGGUCGUGUGUUUAGUGAAUGGAGUGCUAUAGAAAGAGAAAUGGGUGAUGGGCUACAGAAAUCUGGUCACUACUUGGAUUCAUUAGCAGCGACAAUAGAUACAACUCUUGAAGAAGAGGAAUUAAUAGCAGAUCAGUUGAAAGAAUGGUUGUUUGGUGCUUCUGCAUUACAAGCAGUUGUCAAACGAAGAGAAGCUUUACAAUUAGCCAAAGAUGAAGCUCAUGAUGCUUUAACUGCAGCACUUGAACAAAAAGACAAAGUUAUACAAGGUAAAUCAGGUUUAAUGUCAAGAUUAUUUGUAUCCGUGGAUACGGAAGAAGUUCGUGAAUUAAAAAUGCUACAAUUGGAACAAAGGAUUGCACAACACGAAGAAGCUGUCAAACGAGUAGAUGAAGAUUUAAAGUCUUUCUCAAUUAAAGCAAUGAUGGACAUAGAAAGAUUUCAACAUCAAAAAGUAGUAGAUUUAAAAGAAAUUUUGGCAGCUUACUGCAUCUUACAAUUUAAACUUACUAGAAAGGGACUGCAAGCUUGGCAGCAUAUCAAGAGUUGUCUAGAAAGUAUGCCAUAAAAAUCUUCUCUCAUUGAAACUGAGAGCUGAACAAUAAUUGUUCCACAUCUUUCGUGCGAUAUACAUUCCUAUAAUUGUAAGCUCACUCAUACUGUACGCUUAUUAUUACAUCAAUGUACAAGAUUGUUUCUAUUAUUUAAUGUUAGAUUAGAUAAUAUUAUAUAUACACACAAUUCAUGUUGGAUAUAUAGUUAUGUGAGACAUUAUUCAAUAUUUAUAUGUAUUUAGUAUGUUCUUGUUGUACGUAUAAGACACAAUUAAUCAAUUACGUGAAUGUUCAGACAGUACUUAAGGGUAAGAUUUGGGUGAUUUAUAUACAAUAUAAAUCACUGAAUGAGUAAAAUUUCUAGAAAUAUGAAUUUAUGAAAUAUAAAUUUUGAAUUAUGAAAGUUGGAAAUAUCGUUGCUGUAACUUUUAUAUACUGUCUUCUAUAUGCUCAAUAGGCUUCAAUUUUAUUGUCGUCGAUUAAAUUCCCGAUUGUAUCUUAUUUAUCGAUACAAUUGUUGCAUUUAUUUUUCAUAAUAUUAGGAGGCUUAGCCUUAUUGAUAAAUGAUAAAAUUUAAGAUUUGAAAUACUAUUUUCUACAUGUGAAUAGAUAUGUUUUUCUACGUACAUACCUGGUUUAAUAUGUUGUAAUAUGGUAGCUUAGAAUCUAUACUUUUUUCUUAUCAGAAUUUAUUUUCGUUAACACAUUUUGUAAUGUACUGCAUUUAAAAUCGAUGGAUACCUAUUACACCAAUGUUAAAGUUUAAGAAUUUCUUGAAAUUUUGUCUUGCUUGAUAAAGAAAGCUGUUCUUUCUUAUCUGGUCUAAUUUCGUUUCAAUUAGGUAAAUAUAAUAUAUUUAAAAGUACAUCACACAUACAUAUGUUUGCUCACUAAUUCUUCUUAUAAUCCGUAAUAUAAUUUAAAUAGGUAUGAUAAGUUACAUAUUUACAUGAUAAGUUACAUAUUUCUUUUUCAAUGAAUAUCUAAUAUAUACAAUAUUUAUAAUGAAUAAUUAAUGCCAUUUGUAAUAAGUAAUUAUCUCAAAGUUUAUUGUAAUACUUUUUGGCAACACAGUUAAUUGUAAAAGAAAUUCCUAAUAAUUUAAAUAAAAUAUGUGAAACUAUAUUACAA